AACAGUGCUGUAGCCUGGGGCACCCUUUUGCAAACUUUCAUCAACGUCCUAGUAGAUUUUCUAGUUGGGAUAGAAAAGUUGUACGAGCAGAACGGCACUUUCAAACCGUUUUGUGUCCAUUUGAAGAAGAAAAGCACUGAGGUGAGAGCUAAGUUCACUGCUAUGUCCAUUCAAACUGAAACCCUGUCAUAGGACUGGAGUCUUUGAGGCAUGCCUCCACAGCUAUAAGGUCUGUGGUGUUGAGUGACGGGCCGUGUAAAAGAGGACUGUAAAGAGGAAGAACCCAUUGUGGUGUGCGUGUAUGUGUGUGUGAGGCAAGGGCUUGUCCGUCAUGGGUGUGUUGGCCUGGCUUAAGAGCCAGUUCAUCCUGCAGCUCCUCAUCGGCUUCGUAUUCGUAGUCAGCGGCCUCAUCAUCAACUUCAUUCAGCUGUGCACUUGCGUGCUUUGGCCAAUCAACAAGCAGCUCUACCGCAGGAUCAACACCCGCAUGUCCUAUUCACUAUGGAGCCAGUUGGUGAUGCUUUUAGAAUGGUGGUCAGGAACAGAAUGCAUGCUCUAUACUGACCAGGCCACAGUGGAUCACUUCGGAAAAGAGCAUGCCAUCAUCAUCCUCAACCACAACUAUGAAGUCGAUUUCCUAUGCGGCUGGACCAUGUGUGAGAGAUACGGCGUGCUGGGGAGUUCCAAGGUGCUGGCGAAACGUGAGCUGCUGAAAGUUCCUCUGAUCGGCUGGACCUGGUACUUCCUGGAGAUCGUGUUCUGCAAGAGAAAGUGGGAGGAGGACAGGGAGACGGUGUUUAAGGGGCUCAAACAGCUCAGGGAUUAUCCAGAGUACAUGUGGUUCUUGCUGUACUGUGAGGGAACACGGUUUACGGAGAAAAAGCACGAGAUCAGCAUGCAGGUGGCUGAGAGUAAAGGUCUCCCCAAACUCAAAUACCACCUACUGCCACGCACCAAGGGCUUCACCACCACACUGCAAUGCCUGAAGGGAACAGUCAAAGCGGUAUACGAUGUCACACUGAAUUUUAAAGAUAAGGAGAACCCCACGCUGCUAGGCAUCAUCAACGGCAAGAAAUACAGAGCCGACAUGAGAGUCCGGCGUUUCCCAGUCGAGGAGAUUCCACCUGAUGAGAAGGAGUGUGCUGACUGGCUUCACAAGCUCUAUCAGGAGAAGGAUGAAUUGCAAGAGUUCUAUUUCAAGGAGGAACGUUUCCCAGGACCCUCCAUCAAGCCCAAACGCCGGUUAUGGACUCUGCUCAACUUCCUGUUCUGGGCAACGCUGCUGCUCUCUCCACUCAUUAACUUCGCCUGGGAUGUCUUCAUCAGCGGCUCACCACUCCUCAUCAUCAGCUUCAUGAUCUUCCUCAUUAUUGCUUCUAUAGCUGUGCGCCGUCUCAUCGGCGUGACUGAGGUGAAGAAAACAGGCUCCAGCUAUGGAAACACCGAAUCCAAGAAAGAAAACUAGAACUUUCAGCUGGUCUGACUGCCCAUGGCCACUGUAUUGCUCACUUUCACUGCUAGGGCAUGGAAUUGCCCGCCUUUGCAGUCGUUCUCCUUUUUAACAAAGAAAAAAAAACAACCACCAAGCGGGGGGAAAAUAAUAAUAAUAAUAAUAAAAAUGUCAACAUGGCAUUGAAGCAUGUGGGUGUGGGUUGGGGAAUGUAGAUAAUUAUAAGUUUAUAAACUAGAGUAAUACUUAUUAAUUAUGAUGAUCAUUAAAACGAACAAAGCAUUUGAGAUUAUCAUUUCCCUUGGCAGCCUGGACUCUGAUGGUUGACCCGAGACGGGACGUGGCAGCUCCGUCCUCUCCUGCUUAGCUUAGUCUCUUACUAGUUCAGAACCAAUUUCCUUAAAGUUUUCUACCGAGCCAUGUAAUAUGGAAUGUUUCCGUUUCAGCCCCAUAUCUGGGUACCGCCCACUUCCAGUCCGUAACCGUUAUAUUACCCCUGUGCACGGCUCUGCAGCUCUCCCACCGCCCAGCUGUUAUAACUCGAGCUGUGAAAUGAUACGACACGAUCAUGUCCAGGUUUUGGUCAAAAGCUUAAUUCAAAUUUCCCUUACUAAAACCCGAACUGAUUUUUUAUUUUUUUAAAUAUUGGGUGUGUUGUCUUAGGCCAGCAAAGCACGGGUGAUAACCAAGCCACUGCAUUGUAGUCAGAAGACUCUGGGAUGAGUUCUUGAUUGUGGUUAGAAUGACCGCAGGGUUCAAAUUUAAAACACAGGGUCAAGAAGAGAGCUUCAAAUGCAAAGUGAAUCAGUUUGAUGCCUCAUUAUUCCUUUGAAUCACCACAUUGUUGGUAACUGAGGAGUCAGUUUCCAUUUCAUGUUAAAUCCACUUCUGUUAAGACCACUUCUGUUUAAGACAACAAGGACUGCCUGAAGAAAUGUGACUAAACAACAGAUUAGAUUUGCAUGUUAAAGUGUUAAAAAUGGUCCUUGUAUUUGAAAUAAUUACACAGACCAUUUUUCAACAUUUAGACGGUUAUUUGCUAGCUAAACUUACGACAGUGUGAAGUGUGAUGAGGGACAACUGGACCAAGGUGUUCGGCUUCUGUAGUUAACCCACUGUGAGAAAUGGCUUUUUAGCACAUGCGAUUGAGACUCAUCACAGAGUUUGAAUGAUUUUUUUUUUUUUUUUUGGCUGUGUUAAGUUGUAAAUAAAUAUCCAGACAUCCUCCUGAGCAUUCUCCAAUACAUUUCCUAUUGGAAUUUAGCAACAGUAAUUAACCAUUUGGCUCAUGGGUGGUUUGGUGGAGGAAAAUUUGAAAUGUUACUAAAUUACCUUCCUUUUUCAGACAUUUUCACAAGUUCUUACAAUCAUCUACAGGUUCAUUCUUUACUUUUUAGACUGUUUACUGUAUAUUCAUUGGCAAUUAGGAGUUUUGAAUUGAAGACUUAACACAGGGCUGUACUAUAGGCCACAUGGCUUCAUAGGUUGGCGAGUUAACUUUGUGUCAAUGUUUGCUAAAUGAGAUGAAUAGAUUUACACUGGAUUUACAUUUAUUCUACUAGUUAUCUCACUUGCUCAUGGAGAUCAACUUUUAUACCACCAAGGUCCAUCUGGGCCUUAACAGAAUAAUAGUGCAGUUUUUUUUUUGUUUGUGGUCAUAUAGAAAAACAUUUACCACAAAACUGGGUUGUUUUUGAUCAUGCAGGUUUUUAUGUAUAAUGUGUUUGUUUUUGGAAAUUGAUUUUGGACGUUGUGUGCACUCUAUAUGCUCAUUUGCACCAAAUUUGUACAAUUGGCUUUCAUUGUGCAGCUCCUGCAUGACGUAAAAGUUUACUGAUGAAGUACAGUAGACCAUUGAGAAUUGACGUUUUUUAAUAAACAAAUACCACAGUUGUAA